GUCAUUAUUAAUGAACACGCCUCCUGAGCAGUUCAUUAUUACGCUCUCACUUAGUACGAUAACAACAAAACAACAAUCGAGUACGGCAUAGUGGUGAGAAAACGUUGUGCGAUAUUGAUUGUAUUGACGACAAAAAUACAAAAUUAGUGAGAUGGAACCGGUUUUUAUCAUAGACCCGUCGGAGCUUUACAGGCCAGAACAUAACCAAGAUUUUCGUAAUUUUGAAAAUGCCAGUAACACCAGUGAUGAACAUAUGGUGAAAGUGAAGAGGCUUUACAAGAACAUGCAUACUCAGCAAACAGUAGAGUAUGUAAAAGGAAAACAAAAAUAUUGGGGCAAAUUGGACAAGAAGGUAAUGACGAUUAUGGAAGCGCUGGAGUUUGUCAAUCAACUUGUGGAUGAAAGUGACCCAGAUAUUGCUGUCCCAAACAUUUACCAUGCAUACCAGACAGCAGAACGAAUCCGUGAAAAGCAUCCCGACAAAGUGGUGUGUUGUUGGCGACACCUUCCCCGUCGGAUGCCUACCUUCAGAUUCUAUAGUGUAUGGCAGGCAGAGUUUUGUUGAUAACGUUGACAUAAAAAACCCAAAAUACAACACAAGACUGGGAAUGUAUGAAGAAAACUGUGGCUUAGACAAAGUGCUUAUGUCCUGGGGACAUGAUGAAUACAUGUACCAAGUGUGUAGAGGGAAUAAGCAAUGCAAACUACCGUUAGAGGCACUGUAUAUGAUCCGUUUCCACUCAUUCUACCCAUGGCAUACGAAUAGCGAAUACUACUACCUCUGCAACACCGAAGAUAUACAGAUGCUCUCAUGGGUCAAAGAAUUCAACCAAUUUGACCUGUAUUCCAAAUCUGAUGAGCUUCCCGACAUUGAAGCUCUCAAGCCCUAUUAUCAAUCUCUAAUUGAUAAAUACUUUCCUGGAAAAAUUAAAUGGUGAAUUGUUUUUUGAGAAAUGCCACCUUCUUUAGGUCAGUUUAUUUUUACCUCAGAGAUUCUUCUUGAUGUUUUUAAUCAAGAAACUAAUUACAAUGCCAUUCAGAUUAUCAAGGUAAUUUGAUAAUCCAGAUAUGUGUAUAUUGGAUUUUAAUGGAAUUUAUUACCUGGAAAAAGAUUAAUUUAAUUUUUUCAAGCAAGGAUAGUAAAGAGGAAAAUCGAUGGGGCUUGACACACAGGAGAGAAGAGGUUAGGACCAUUAGCAAUAAUAUUAUUAUUAUAUUUUUUAUUUAUUUUUUUUAUAUACUCAUUUAGCAAAUUUAUUUUUGAAAGAUCUUGAAGGCAUAAAUAAAGAAAGGAAGGAAGGAAAGAAAGUAAACAUAGAAAAAACAAUUUUUUUUUCAUAAUAUUAAAAUUGGUUUUUGGUAAUAUUUUUCAUUAGAUUUCUAAAAAUCCAUAUUCUGUUAUUAUUUUUGACCCCCAUUGUUUUUAUUGCUAUUUAUAGCUGUACAUAAUAGAUAAUAGACAUAUUAGUUUUAUUUAUGUUGUUUUUGAGUUACUUUAUCAAAGGCAAAUAGUGAUUGUUAUUGGGAAUAUUAUUUUCAUUAGUUAGAAGAUGGACUGUUCCAUUCAAAUGAGAGGGAGAUAAGUAGAAUGGAACAUUCUUUCUUUCAAGAAAUAAAAAAUAUAUACAUAUUUUUAUUUAUGCUGUUUUGAGUUUGUCCAUGGAGAUACCUCAAUGCUUUACCUAUGACAAAUAUUGUUUUGAGGGCAAUGGUUGGUUUAUUUUCAUGAGGCAAACGAUGGACUGUUCCAUUCAAAUGAGAGGGUGCCAUGUUGAAUGAAACAGUCCAUCUUUCAGCAAAAAAUAUAACCUUUUUUAUUGAACUACAGUUCCCCCUCUAAUUUAAGACCCCUCUAAUUCUGAGACCCCUCUAAUUUAAGCCCAUUUUUUUCAAAGUACCAAUUAACAAUCCUCAAUCUUAACACAAAGCUAACCCUCUAAAUAGAGACCGAACCCUGAGACCACUCCACAUUUCCUGAUCCCAAAGGCAGUUUGAAUUGUAGGGUGAACUGUAGUAAAACAUUCAUUAUUUGUAUUUUAAAAUACAACUAGAUAAUUGUAAAAACAUUUGUCAUUGUAUCACAUUUUUUUUUUUAUCAUAAUAAUAAUUAUUGUUUUAAUCUGUCACAAAAAAUGCAAAGCUUGAACAUUGAUUGGUCAUUGGCAAAGAAAAUAAGAGAAUAUAUUAAAUUAGUUAUUCAUAUUUGGUUUUAAAAGAGAUUGUUCUUUGGCACUCUUUUUUGGCACUCUUCGCAAAUAGCAUUACUGGCUUGUGAGUGCUGGGCAGUGGGAGGUUGCAGUGGGAGGUUGUUGGAUGUGUACGCGAGUUAGUUGGGAUGUUGGUGCAAGCAUGUGCAUGUUAACAGUCUGUGCAUGUUGUUCUGGGUGUGUUUGAAAACUAUCAUUUGAUUUAAAAUUUAAAUUGAAUAUAAUAGCGUUAUUUGAUUUGGAAUAUAAAGAACAGAUUUUGAGAGAUGUCUUUUAGUCUGAUUUGAUUUAUUUCUUCAACAAAAUAAUAUAGUCCACAUUAAGUUGUUGUAAACCAAGAUACUAUUGGUUGAGCAGGUAGAGGUAUGAUGGCAGAGUGUCUGGAUGGUGGUCUGAAGGUCGCUGGUUCGAUUUGCACAGCAUUCCGUAUUGUCUUUGCUCCAUUUGUUACUAUACUGUAAACCACCAUUACGGCAUUUAGUGCUCUUUGUUUGAAAGGAAAAUUAUGUUGUGUGGAAAAACAAGCAGUGGUUUGGCAUUUUUUUUAUGUGUGUGUGUGCAGUGUAUCAAACAGUGUUAUGUAUCUUGUGUUUUUAGAAGGUCUUUUUUGUUAUUAUUCCAACAAUAUUUAUAAUACCACUUACUAUAAUAAUAGUUAAUAGUCUACAUAAUUAUAGUACCAAUAAUAAGAGAAUAUUUAGCAGUCAGUUGAAUUAAUUGCAGUGGUAUCUAUUAUUGAAAAAUAUAAUACAGUAAAUGUAACGAAUUAUAUAAAAUAGAUAUAAUUGGAGUAAUGCCUACAGUCAUUGAUAAAGCGGUGGUUAAGACAAUAAAUGCUCAGAAAAAUAAACUUUGGUUAAAUGUGGUCUCAAAGUCUUAUUUGAAUUCUUUUGACGGUUAUGCUUUUAUUGUUUUAUUUUUUAUAUUGUAAAUUUGAUACAAUUGUUAUCACCUUUUUUGUGCUUGUUCUCUGUUCUAUGUGUGCAUGUACUUUACUUAAAGCUAAAUGUUAAAUAUUUUUUCUAGAUCCUUAAUUUAUAUAGCUGAAUUUUAGUUGUAUGCAUUUCUGUUACAUUACUUGCCAUAUUUAUUCUCGUUUUAGACGCGAUGCUUUUUCAUUGUCCUACUUAGAUGUGCUUCAGCAUAGAGUUUUCUGAAACAGGUGUCCAUUUUAAUCCCAAUUGAGAAUACUCUUUUAUUCUGUUGAUGACAAUAAAGGCCCUCCAACCAAGGAUUUUUUCAGAACAAUAUGGUAUAUUGAAGUAACAAUUAUUACUUCAACCGGAGUACUGCAUAGAAUUGCAAGAUGUCUAACUAAUUUUGCAUGCACACAAUGAAACGUUAAAAAAGGUACUACCACGAGGUAGGGGGCGCCCUAUUAGAAUUUGAAUAGAGUUCGAUCGAAACACGUCUUUCUUGAAAUAGAAUUACAUUGCAAUGAAACCACAAGAGUCAGACGUCUUGCAGUUCUAUACAACUGUAAAUUAUAAGACAUUUUUUUUUACUUAUCUGUCCGCCGUAUUAUGAGCCACUCAGAUUAAUAUAAGCAAUAAGUGUAUAUUUGUAUUUUUCCCUUUAGAGAGUAACCUUGCAUUUUGAAUAACAAAUUAUUUCAACUGGUUAUGAAUAUAAUAAAGAACUAUACAGAUUUAUGAUUAAA